CUGGCCCCCACCCGUGGGAACCUGACGCCCCACACAGGCUGCUCCACCUGCGCUGAGAGCAAACGGGAGGUUAGUGUAUUAGGUGAGGGUGGGCGCUGCCUGGAGACCACGAGGAAAGCUCGCCGCCUGCUCCGCUCCUCUGCCUGCGCUGGGCGGGGAUUGCAACCAUACCCUACCCUCACCGCACCUUGGCCGCGUUUACCCUAGGCAUUUCUCGCCGUUACCCCGGCCGCCCUCACACCCAAGUCUUACUCUUCCUCUCGGCAGCCUUUUUGCCUGCCAGGGCUCCCCGGAGACAAUGCUGCCCGCCUCUCCCAGCUCGCUGCGGAGGGUUCCUUGGGAGCACUGGAUGGAAAAGUGGGUGUUGGGCCUGCGGCAGGAGCUGGAGGGUGCGGAGACCGAGGCAGGGGCUGCCCCAGCCCCGCGGCGAGAGCUGCAGGGAACUACGGUAGCGGUAGUGUCGCGCGCACUGCGGCCGCUGCGGCACAGUACGGGAACCGCGCGCGGGCUAAGGCAUCGGCGCUGCACCCAGUGACCCUGCAAGCGUCCCCCGUCUCGGUUGCCGCCUCCAUGCCCCCUGACCCACCAGGGAAAGAUGCUGGACCCCCGGCUGCCUCGCUGUACCCCACCCUCUUCCCCCCUCUCCCCACCCGCGCCAGCGAGCGCACACACGCGCGCACACUCGCAAGAAGUCCGCGGAACCCAGGACCGCGGUGGAGAGGAGGGGGCGGGAAGGAAAUCUCUAAGAGGAGACGGAGACCGAGGGAGGGGCGAGCCUGGGCAGUCGGUCACGCGGGGGGCGAGUGGAGCCGCCGCGGGAGCCCGCCCGGCCGCGCAGAGGCACCGGCCGCUGGGUUGGGGCCAUGGAGCUGCUCAAGCUGAACCGGAGCGAGCAGGGGUCCGGACCCGGGCCGGCGGCUUUCCUGUGCCGCCCGCAGGGGGCCCUUCUCAACAACAGCGGCACCGGGAACCUCAGCUGCGAGCCCCCUCGCAUCCGCGGAGCCGGGACACGAGAACUGGAGCUGGCCAUUAGGGUCACACUUUACACAGUGAUCUUUCUGAUGAGUGUCGGAGGAAAUGCGCUCAUCAUCGUGGUUCUGGGACUGAGCCGCCGCCUGAGGACCGUCACCAAUGCCUUCCUGCUCUCAUUGGCAGUCAGCGACCUCCUGCUGGCUGUGGCUUGCAUGCCCUUCACCCUCCUGCCCAACCUCAUGGGCACAUUCAUCUUUGGCACAGUGGUCUGUAAGGCAGUUUCCUACCUCAUGGGGGUGUCUGUGAGUGUGUCCACGCUAAGUCUUGUGGCCAUCGCCCUCGAGCGGUACAGCGCCAUCUGCCGACCACUGCAGGCACGUGUGUGGCAGACUCGUUCCCACGCGGCUCGUGUGAUCGUAGCCACGUGGAUGCUGUCUGGACUACUCAUGGUGCCCUAUCCAGUGUACACCACCGUGCAGCCAGCGGGGCCCCGUGUGCUGCAGUGCGUGCAUCGCUGGCCCAGUGCACGGGUUCGCCAAACCUGGUCGCUCCUGCUGCUCCUGCUCUUGUUUUUCGUCCCAGGUGUGGUUAUGGCCGUGGCUUACGGGCUCAUCUCCCGAGAGCUCUACUUAGGGCUCCGCUUUGACAGUGACAGUGACAGCGAGAGCCAGAGCCGAGACCGAAGUCAACGAGGGCUGCCGGUUGGGGCUGGACCAGGUCCUGCCCAACAGAAUGGACAUUGCGGGCCGGAGCCCCGGCUGGCUGGCGAGGAUGGCGACGGCUGUUACGUGCAGCUUCCGCGCCCACGGCCUGCCCUGGAACUGUCCGCGCUGACUGCAACCACUCCUGGGCCAGCGUCGGGCCCCCGGCCCGCCCAGGCCAAGCUGCUGGCUAAGAAGCGGGUGGUGCGGAUGUUGCUGGUGAUCGUUGUGCUUUUUUUCCUGUGUUGGUUGCCACUGUAUAGCGCCAACACGUGGCGUGCCUUCGAUGGCCCAGGUGCACACCGCGCGCUCUCUGGCGCGCCCAUCUCUUUCAUCCACUUGCUGAGCUAUGCCUCGGCUUGUGUCAACCCCCUGGUCUACUGCUUCAUGCACCGUCGCUUUCGCCAGGCCUGCCUCGACACGUGCUCCCGCUGCUGCCCCCGACCACCGCGAGCUCGCCCCAGGCUUCUUCCAGACGAGGACCCUCCCACCCCCUCCAUUGCUUCACUGUCCAGGCUGAGCUACACCACCAUCAGCACGCUGGGGCCUGGCUGAGGGGCGGGGGGCUACCCCUCCAGAGACACAGACCGACUGAUGCAACAGACUGACACCCAACAGCAGGGACUGACCCCAGUGCACAGGAAAAAUGGCUUACCCCACACACAGAAAAUAGUUUGGACCCCCACAUAGGAAAGAAGACACACUCUUGAUGUAGGACUGAGCCUGGCACACAGAAAGCUGGCACUGACCUUGGACAUACACAGACAAAGCAUCCUUAGCAGCAGAAGGUCUGAGAGGGGCUGAGCUGCCUCUCACACCCACCUACAGUAGCAGAACUGACUCAUUUAGGGCUCUGGAGCUCCGCAUGGGACUGACUCCUGAGAUGCUCUAGGCUGUCCCCAGUUUGACCUCACAGUGCCCCUCCCCAGUCAGCACUAGAAACACCAACAGCCUGAUCUCACACUUCCCUGACCAACAGGCUGUUUUGCACUGAUAAGUCCCUUCAUUCCUUUCCAGUUAAAUAUCUACCCACUUCUCCCUCACCUGAUUUCUUCAAGAAAUAAUAAAUAUCUUGGCUUCCUCCUAAACUUCCUUUCUGAAUUUUUUGGAGGAAGGAAGGAAGCACGGGGUUUUAUGGAGUCCCCUGGUCACCACCUCCCCUGCCACAACUCACUCCUGUGCAUGCCACCCUGUGAGAAAGCCCGUCUCUGAGGUUAGAUGGGGUUGUGAUAUUCUCUAGGUUGUCAUCCUGGACACACCAGUGUCAUCCACAGUUGCUGGGAAUGAGGUGGGAGUGAGAGGUGAGAUAUCCAUGACCCAUGAUUCCUGACCACACUCUCCUACGGUGGUGCCAUUAUUAAGGUACUAUAUGAAUAGAUGCUUGUUGAAAUGUUAAUGAAACGAUAAAAAGAGAUGGCACUGUAUAAUAAGACUGUUUAUUCAGUGUGUAUUUGAAACACCAGGGGUCACAUCAUGACAUGUAUACAUCAAAGAGUA